AUGGCUCGAUAUCUUCGAACCCUCGCAGGUCUCUCGCUCGCGUCUACUGCCCUGUCUUCACCGUUUGGAGCGCAGCUUUAUCCUCGUCAGAAUGCGUCGAGCCCUUGUGCACAAGUGAGCGCGUCUGUCGCUACACAAACCGCUGCUGUCCCCACAGUCCCUGCGCAGCUGGCGUACGAGUGCAUCACUUCAGUUCCAUUCAAUCAGAGCGCAGCUUUGGCACUUGUCGACGGCGUUGUCCCGUACUUCCGAUGGCAGAGUACUACAGUCUUCCUCAAGGACCCGCCGGAGGAAUAUGUUGAGAAGAUUCAAGGCCCCGUCGACAUCUGGGGCGGGCUGGAAAAGAUCAGAGAAAAGGUCACAAGUGGAGCAUACGAGAACGAGUUCGAGAGCACACACGAUGGACAUUUCGUGUAUGUUCCCGACGUCGUGGGCACGGUUUUCAACUACGCGCGUCCGGUUCCCCUUGUAUCCGCCUCGUCGGAUGGCGUAGAGCUUCCGAAAGCCUACGUAUAUUCGGAUGUUCUGGCGGAGUCGUUCGGUAACGCUUCGUUCAGCGCCUCUGCGAUUGCCAAGAUCGAUGGUGUAGAUGCGCAGGAGUUUUUGGAGAACUGGGCUCAGUACGGUUCACUUCAGGAUCGGGAUGCUCUUUACAACAACGUGUUCUACGAACUGGCCACUGUUUCAUUGGGUCCUGUAGGAUCGGGCAUUGGCACAUUCGCUGGAAGCGGAAGAGGACGAUGGAUCUACCCCAAUGCUACCACCGAGCUCGAGUUCGAGAACGGCACGACUCACACUUAUGACAACUACGCAAAGGUCUUGAUUCCAUUCGACGGCAUCACAGAUGGAGAGAGCCUGUACCAGCUGUGGUUCACUGGUAACCAGCCAACUGCGACUGAGGAUCCUGUGCCUUCAAACUCUACAACACCUACACCCUCUUCGUCUGCUGCGGCUUCUGCCACUCCCACGGCUACAACUACAUCGAUUCCUGCUCCUGGCUACCCGCCACCAGUCGUUCGUGAAGAGCACAACCUCAUUGGAGGUUACUUCCUCGAAGACGAAUACUCCGAUGUUGCCGUCCUCUCCGUUCCGUCUUUCGUUGGCAUCGACGCGCAGGCUGAGUUCCAGCAGACUGCCGAGACAUUCCUUGCUGCUGCGAAAGCCGCAGGCAAGAAGAAGCUAGUCGUCGACGUUCAGGCCAACGGCGGUGGUACGAUUUUGUUAGGCUACGACCUGUACAAAUUGCUGUUCCCCACUAAAGUUGACCACGCCGCGGAUGACAGGUUCCGAGCAUUUGAAUCUACCGACAUCCUGGGCCAGAAGUUCUCUGAAGUCGCCGAGGGCCUGCCACGUGUACUUGUUACCGAAGAGCAGAACGAGACAUUGUACGAACUGGAGAGCGACGUUGUUUCUUCGGUGUUCAACUACCAGACUGAUGUCGACGUCAACGGAAACAACUUCCCCAGUUGGGAUGCCAAGUUUGGCCCUGGUCUCCAUCAGAAGGGCGAUAACUUCACAAACCUCUUCCGCUGGAACCUCUCGGAUGUUCUCACGCCGCUCAACUCGGGCGGUGUCUUCGUUCAUGGCUACGGACCGCUGAGCAACUACACCACACAACCAUUUGCCGCUGAAGACAUUAUCGUCGUUACAGAUGGCUACUGCGCAUCGACAUGCACCAUCUUCUCGGAACUGAUGCGCCAGCGCGGUGGUGUCAAGUACAUCUCCCUUGGCGGCCGUCCCCGCGAAGGCAUCACGCAAGCCGUAGGUGGUGUCAAGGGCACAAACGACUUGCCAUGGACAUACAUCCAGGCCCUGGCUCAAUACACAAUCGAGAACCUGGCAUCUUCUCCCGAGGAGGCUGCAUACCUCAACACUACAGAGCUCAACGAAUACUGGAGCAACGUCAUCAAUGACCGCGUAGCCAUCGGCAGCUCAUACAACGUCAACUUCCGCGACGGCAUCCGCGAGGGCGACGAGACAAACACCCCGCUGCAGUUCGUGUACGAGGCUUCUGACUGCAGGAUCCUGUACACCAAGGAGAUGACGGUCGAUGUUACGGCAAUCUGGAAGGCUGCUGCUGAUUCAACAUGGGGUGGUAAGAACCACUGCAUCGCUGGAGAACUGGGCGGGUACAAGAAGAUGGCCAAGAGGGAGUUGACGGUCCAGGACAAGGUGCUGAGCAGGCGGAUGCACCAGUGGAGGAGGACGUUGAGAGCGGAGGAUUACCCGCUAGAUGUCUUUACGGACAUGAGCACGUCGAACUUCAUGCCCGAUGGGUUCAUGUGGCCGUGAGCUAUUUCGUCGAUGGAGAUGUUGUUAGCUUGCUGGCAGUUGCCCUGUAGAUAUGCCGUUUAUGAAAUUACGUUCC